AUGAAGUUAAAGUGUGAAAUUUGCCCGCAACAAGCGACGUACGUCGUUGGGUGCGGAAACAAAGCGGCGUGCAACGGAUGCGUCAAGACGAAGAAAUGCAACCCGUCUCAAGAACGCGCGACGGAAAUCACGCAGCAAGACGCGCAAGCGAUGCCGUGCGAUAUCUGCAAGUCGAACCCGGUCUCCGUGGUCUGCCACGAAGAUCGCGCGUUCUUGUGCACCAACUGUGACUUGAAAAUCCACAGCGCGAACGACUUUGCUGGGCACCACCAACGUUUCGCUUUCACCGCGGCGAAGAUGGCGAUCCCGGAAGGCGUGAGCAAAGUGAAACCGGCAACCCCGGCGCACGUUCCGAUCACCAUCAGAACGAACAAGCGAAAGAACAUUGCGCAAAGCAACAACAACAACACGAACACGAACAACAAAAACAACAACAUCAAAGAAGAAGAAGAAGAGCAACACUUCUUCGACGAAGACUGCCACGUCGUCCCGGAAUACGUUCCAGUUGAGCUCAUCGACGCGAACGACGUCGAGCAAGUCUCGGAGUUGUACUCUUCGGUGAACACCGGCGUCGAGUUUUUUCCGUCUGCCGCCGCUACCACGGCGAACGUGUACGUGCCCACGGCGAAAUCGCAAAAGAGAUCUUCCUUUGAAGACUUCUUGGGUGAAUUCAUCGGGUACGAAGAGACGAUCGACGAUGCGAUUGUCCCGACGUUUUAA